UAAGAGAUGAUACUGUGUGCCAUAUAGCCGACAAAACCGUGCAGGUGGCUGAAGACACUUUAAAACCGGAAGAGAAGAAAAGACAGUUUGGCGCAACUAAUGUAACAAGACAGAUCCAAGGAUGGGUCCCAAAAGAAGGAUGAUCUUAUCGGACACGUCGGACGAGGAAGAAGACAGUUUCAAACAUCGACGCACUUCUCUGAAAGUGAAUCUGAGUUACGCGAAUUUAACGGAUUCUGGCAAUGGAUCUCUGUGGAAAACGGAAAUCGAGAACGAAGAGGUGCCACACAAGGUGCAAGCUAGUAAAGAACUGUCGAGAAGCAAGAACAAGUCUACGGGUCGAAAUUGUUCACAGGUUGAAGAGAAAGAUAAUCACGUUGCGAGCGAACAUGCUACAGGUGAUAACGAUAAAAUGUCUGGGUUAAACGAUCGGGUUAAAGGAGUACAAUUGAAAGAUCUCAGGAUACAUCUGGAGGAUAUAAGCACCAAGGAACGCGCUCUCGAAACCAAUUGCAAGCGCUUGAAAGAUGCAAUUUUAAGCAAAACUAAAGAGGUGUUCGAUAAAGAGCACGAGCUCUCGAUAAAAAUUACCAAAGUGUUGCGAAAUGAGAACAAAUGUUGUGCAAAUGCCGAGAAUGAGUCUGUUCUUGAAUUAAAUAAAACAACCGAACGUGCCUCCAAUAUUGUUGAGACACCGACAUCGAACCAUCAUCACAACACCACAAAAAAGAGACGCAGUUCUUCCAGAGACAUAGAUAAACCUAAGCUACCUCACAGACAACUGUUUGACAAGGAAGAUGAGCAAGAAGAAGAGCAAAAAAAGUGUCAAAUUAUUGAGAACGUAAUCUUAAAGAAUCGUCCGCUAAAUGUUCUCCAACAGUCAGAACAAAGUAGCAGUCCUAUAUUAAGCGGCAGCAAGAGACUCAGUUUGCUGAGAAAAAGAUCUAAGGAUCGAACAAGCAAACUUAAUAACACAUACUCGACCAUAUGUUCCGUUCAGAGUUGCGACAUAGGAGCGCCCAUUGUUUGUUCCACUUUUAUCGAGGAUAAUGCAAUCGACGAUAAAAAAGCGCAUCGAACUGUCACCAAUCAUCCGAACAGCGAUAUGUCUCCUGCCACACAAACGGUAAACACAGUAAUAUCAAUGGAGAUGACAAAAACUUACGGAGAUAACCGAGCGAGUGAGAAGUACGAGUGUUUGCAAAAUAGAGACCCAAGUCCAAGUAAAUGCGUCGAAAAUGAGAUGGAAAAAUGUAAAGAAACCAGUUGGAAGCAGAACAGGAGCGCAAGUACGCAGAGACCGAAGGAUGUCGGUAAUUCGAAAUCUGUUGUAAAACGUUACGUCGAAUCCUCCGAUUCGCACUGUACUACAGACGACGAAGAUGAAGCGAGCGCGCACGAAGAUACAGUUAUACCCGGAGGGAAAUCCGUCGAAGAAGUUGCGAUGAUGAAGAAAGCGUGCGAGACACGUGAGUCUAAUAAUGAAAUUAAAAUCGAAAGCGAGAAACAACGUACGUCAAGCCUGUCCAAGAGUAGCGAAACUAUUCGAUCGUCUUUGAACGUGAAUACCUCCUUGGAUGCGGUAACCGAUUGUGACAGAGAUAGGAACGUCGACAAAUCGAGAAGAAAGUUGAUAAUCUUGGAUGAUCAACGCGAGAGUACAAGCACCGUUCGAACUUCGUUGCAAGUGAACACGUCGACGAAUUCCGUGCGCCGGCCAAGUGGCAAGAGCAACGUUUUCGACAGAUCAUCGUUACCUCAGGACAGAUACGAUCCGAUAGAGGAAGAUCGUUCGAAUGCGAACAAUCGAUAUUCAAAAGUAACGGAAAACGGGGAAACCAACAACGUUGAUCUCUUGGAGAACAUCAGUUUAUUCGAGAGAUUACGAAACGUUUCCAGACGAAGGCAGGUUCCUUGCAAACAAUCGAUUGCAAUUUUCGGAAAACAGGAAACGAACGAAUCUAAGAACGCGGUGAACGGUAAAUCUCAAAACAAUAUGCGCGCGAGCGGCGAUAGUUGCGUUGAAGCAACACCGUAUCCAGUGACCCGUUCAGUUCUCUUUAAAACGAUGUUGAAACUUAAAACCGAAAAUACAGAGAACAGCACGUCCUUCUGCGGUUACGGCACAAAUCUCGUCAACAACGGAAAGGAAAGUGAUGUAACGAAGUCGAGCGCUUCAAUUCCGAGAAGUCAAAACAAAGCGCCUGCGUUGACCGGAACAUCAAAAACUGUCGGAACCGAAACAGUUAUUUUGGAAGGUACACUCAGCGGUGACCCUUUUUUCGUUACUCAACGUCAAUCACUCAACUGUAAAUCUUUGGCUAUUCGAAGCCCAUCAUUCGACAAUCCUUCCGUCGUUACCCAGAACAAAUCGAUUCCGGAGAACAAAUUUGACAAAGCGAAUCUCGAAGUCGAAGAAAAAAAGGACUCAGCUGACUCGCAAAGCGUGGAACAUGUCCCCCUCACGAAAGUGGGCAAAAGAAAAUUGCUACCUCUGAGUGACGGUUCUCAGUUGUGUUCGAUUACGCCGAUAGAUGAAAAUAAAUGUCCCGUCACGGAGAAAUCGCCCGUAAAGAGAAUAAAAAAAUUAAAAAAAAAAAAAAUAUUGAAUCUCAAGAUGGAUACGAUUGUUAAUAAGCACAAAAAGACGAACAAAUCGAUGUUGUCGGACAGCGAUAGCGAGAAUAAAAAGGAGCAAGAUAAGAAAACGCGAAAACCGAGAAAGGUUAUCAGCAAGAAGAUUGUUGUCAAAAAAUUAGCCGACAACAACAUGUUGAAUGUACUGGAAAAGGAGAAUCUCAUACAAAAUAAAAGAGACCUGUCAGGAGAAAGUAGAGAUUCCUUAGACGAGUUUGUGAAGUUUCGCGCAACGAAAUCCAUUCAACGGAAUAACUACAAGUUAUCUCACAAAAUUGUUAUUGUGACGACUGGUUUAUCGAAGGGGGACAAGAGUUUAGUAAAGAGCAUUGUCAAGUCCCUCGGCAACGCGGAGAUGGAGUUGAAUGUAUCGAAACGCACGACUCACGUCGUAAGCUCGGGUGUACGUACGGUGAAUUUACUUCGUGGGAUAAUAAGGGGUUGCUGGCUCGUUACUUUGGAGUGGGUCUUGAAAUCCUUGGAAAGCAACCGGUGGUUGAAUCCGGAGGAAUUCGAGAUGAAACAUUUCUCCAAGGCUGUGCAGGAAAAUCGAAGAGACAGGCAGUUAUUCGGGCCGUCGUAUAUUCCAGAAUUGUUCACCACUUGUGGUUUUAUUUACGUUGAGCUUAAAACUACAGUGCCAUGUGUCACACUUAAAGAACUGAUAAAGACAGCGGGCGGACAUAUCACCGAGAAUAUCAAACUUGCUAAAAUUAUUAUCGGCCCAAGCGGUCUGAGAGAGACUUGGGUUAUAGAUUCUAUUACAACAGGAGAACUGCAAUUAACCCAGCUUUAUAAGAGACAAUAAAGCGGAGAGACGAAUAGAAAAGUGUAACUUUUCUAUUGUACAAACAUGAUAUUUUGCAGUACAAAAGAGUACUACUAUACAUAUAUGUUAGCUUGUUUGUUUUUACAUGAUGAUCAAAAAGUGAGAGAAAAGAAGAAACAAAUUUAUAUAUUUAUAAGAUAAUUUAGCUUUACAUAUAGAAAAUAUAAGAUUUUUUUUUAAAUAUGAUAUAAUCAACAAAACAUUAAGUUAUUGCGUUGUUAUUCUUAUAUUUACACGUGUAUAAUCUCUACUCUAUAAAUAAGAAAACCCACUGCAUUGUACAAAACGGAAGAAUUUAUUAACAAAGACAAAAAUUACAUAAUCGAAGAUUUUGUAUCGAAUAUUUCGAUUUCUUUCGUAUAUUGCGUUUUCCGUUUUCGUUUUUUUACUAUAUGUAGUUUAUGUAAAAAUAAAUUCAAUUUUUUUUUUCUACACAUAUGAAUUGCAUUUGAAUUUUCACGAUAACUCAACUAACAAAAAAACAUUGCGCGUAAACAGUGUGAUUUUAUAAAAACGCGUGUCAAGAUACUUUCUGCGCGCGAUAUCACAAUUAAAGCGAGUAUAUUAUUAUUAUUAUUACA